AUGAACGACGGCUUCGUGCUGCGCAACAUGCAGGCCCGUCUGCGCUGCUACGUGGACGCCGAAUACGCCGCCAUCACCGCCCACGACGCGAGCCUCUUCGCGACCGCCCGCAUGCCGGCUCCCAGUGACGAGGUCAUCGGCGGCGGCGGCGGUGCCUCGCUGACGCAGCGCGUGUCGGAGACGAUGGGGCGUGUGUGCGCGCACGAAAUCACGGUCGUGUUAGGGGUACUGACGAUCGUGGGCUUGCUUGCGGGCGCUAGCGCCAUGCGAUGGACGCUGACGGGCCAGUUGCUGUGUAACGUGCCGCCCAGCUUGAUCGAGUCGUUUUUCAUGAUUGUGUUGGUGACGGGGCACAAUUCGGCCGACGAUCGGAAACGGGUGGAUCUGAGAAAUACGUAUACGAGGCGGAUGCAGUUGCUAGGGUUGGUGAAUGCUGUCCAGUCGGUUUGGUGA